CGCAGGGCCCGCCGGAGGGCCGUGCCCCGGCCGGCUGGUGGAGCGCGCCGUGCGGGCCUGCAGCGGCCAACGCCGCCUCCGCCCGUGUGGGGAACGCAGCGCGGGCCUGCUCGGGCAGAGCUCUGCAGGCGGCAGCAGGGUUAAAGAAGAACAGUAAGUGUUAACGAGGUCAUUUGAAGAAGAGGACUGGGCGCUCACUGUUGCCAGCCAGAAGAAACACAAGGCGGAGGGCCUGGUAUGUAAUCUCAGCUUUAUAAAUGCAAUCUAAACAGAGUUCUUUUGGUAAACAAUGAAGGUUCUGUUGCUGAAGGAUCCCAAAGACAAAGAUUCAGGACCAGAUCCCUAUAUUGAAGAGUUAGGAUUAUACAACUUUGAAACGACUUUGAUUCCAGUUUUGUCAUUUGAAUUCAUAUCUCUUGAAAGCUUAUUUGAAAAGCUUUCUCAUCCAGAAUGUUAUGGAGGCCUAGUUUUUACCAGUCCAAGAGCUUUAGAAGCCAUCAAGAUGUGUUUAAAAAAGAAUAGUAAAAAUGAAGCCUGGUCAAAAUCUCUUAAACUAAGGUGGAAUACCAAACCUGCGUAUGUGGUAGGAAGAGCUACAGCUUCCUUAGUGGAAGAAAUUGGCCUUACUCCACAAGGAGAAAAGUCUGGAAACGCUGAAAAAUUAGCUGAAUAUAUUUGCUCAAGAGAGAAACCUAAUUCCUCAGCUCUUCUUUUUCCUUGUGGAGCCCUGAAAAGAGAAGUACUUCCUACAGUACUUAAAGAAAAAGGUAUACCUCUGGAAAGCCUUACCGUUUAUCAAACAACGCAACACACUGAUCUGCAAGAAUCUUUGAGCAGUUACUUCUCGCAACAGCUGUCUGGAAAGGAUACUUGUGGUGAUACAAGAAUAUCCUCCAUAGGCUUCUCGUUUCCCUGUUGGUUAUCAACAAAGUCCGAUAGCAGAAGGUUCAGACAGAGAGUGAGUCCCUUAGCUACUUGUUAUGGGAAUUACAAAUGAGCCUGGAAGUGCCUCCCUUUGAAGAAAACAAAUCCUUCCACAUUUUGUCUAACUUUCAAAACAGAUGUGUUUCAGAAUUACCGGGAAAUAACUGCUUAAUUACAUAUUCAGUUUAUUCCUUUCAGCUGGACACAAUUACUUUUUCAGUAGUAGUGUCAGAAAUUACAUUUAGCGAGGAUAUUUAGUGAACAGCUUUAUUAUUAUUUUUUAUUACUGUAACUGAAAUCUCACUGGACAUCUUUGCUGUAUAUUACAAAUCAGAAUCCAGCAGUAAUCUGCCCUACGUAGUUUCAGCGUUCUUUCUCCAAUUAUCCGAUCUGUGAAUGCAUUAAUGAUCUCACUGGAAGUGUUAGAGCAGUGACUUGCUGUUGACAUGUGUUGUUGAGAUCUAUUUGCUAAUUAUUGUUUUUCUCUUUUUAAAACCAUCUAGUAAAUGUCAUUAAGCAAGGAUCAGUGCAUAGUAAAAGAUCUGAAUGUACUAAUAAUUGCUUUUAUUUUUUCAAGAUUGGCUUUCUGAAUUUUCCAUUUGUAGGCACCCACAUCAUACGUAGGAUUAAUUUUCUGCAAAACGCAGGCUUUCCUUAUUACACAGACUUGGCCUCCUUGAGCACAUUGCACCUCCUUUUAAAGUCUGCGCAUUAACAUCUUGUUAAAUUACAUAUUGAUUUUGAAGUUCUUUUUCAAGAGGCCCUAAAAGGUUAUGGCACGGGCAGUCGAUGAUACACGGCAGUAUCCCCGUGCUCCUCGGUGGGUACUGCAGUUCUGAUCCCCACGGUAUGUAGUUUACAGCCGUUACAAAAGUCAGUCAAUGGUACAUACGCAUUUUGUAACUUUCUGAAACCUUUUGAUGGCACUCCUCACUUGCUGCAAUUAGAUGUUGGUUUAAGCGUAAAGCUGUGAAAAUGUGUUUCUCAUGCGCUUUUUAGUUGUCCUUAACUGGUGCUGCUGUGGUUAUGUAUUUAGUGUGUGGAGAGCUGACAUAAAAUGACAAGUGUUGAGCAAUUUGUGAGGACAGUGAAGAGCACUGUGUGAAACUCUCAUUCUGGCCUCCACGAGCUAAGGCUGGCUACCAAGUCACGUGCUAUAAACUAACAACAGAUGUA